GCCAUUAAUCCUCCUUCGUCUGCCGCCAUUAAUCCUCCUUCGUCUGCCGCCGUUCAUCCUUCUUUUUCAACGGUUAUACGUUGCACCAGUGCACAACAUUACUCCAUACUUUUUAUUAUUGAUACGAUGAUACUUACUUGUGAAAGAACAAAGGUGUUGGAGGACAAGUAUUUAAUUCCAGACGUCUUAUGGAUGGAAGUGUUGGCAUAUUUGCCAACCAAAACUUUGUUACAAAUCAGGUGUGUUUGUAAAACAUGGUGUUCUUUGAUUGACUCCCAUUAUUUUACAUAUAGGCACCUAGAAUUUUACAAUGGCAACAAACGUAAUAAUAGUCGUUUUAACAUUUACGCCUUUUACGGGAGACUGAUUCGAAGUGUACAAAAUUCAUUCAUUAUCUAUCAAAGCGAUAAUAAUUACAAAAAUCAUAUAUCAUGCAUACCAGAUCAUGAUAUGUUUAAUCGCUUUUAUCAUGAAACUGAUAUGGUUAAUGGAUUGAUGUUGGUAAGAAGAGAAAGAUUUUGGAUUCAGGAUGAACAACUUUUUUUAUGGAAUCCUUCCAUAUAUAAAUUAUUGGAAAUUCCUCCCUGUCCUCUAACUAAAACAUAUUCAAAAUUGGAUUUUCAUUUUUGUCUCGGAUUUGUACCUUCUAGUUAUGAUUAUAGAGUACUUGUCUUUAGAGAAGAUAAAAAAGGAGAAAGAUUAGAAGUUGAGAUGGCAAUCUAUUCACUAAGGGAAAAUCGUUGGAAAGUUAAACCCAAUUGGGUUAAUGUAUUGGGAAGAUCUUUAGCUUUAACAAAGAAUUAUGAUUCGGGUGUUUAUACACAUGAUAAUGUUGUUUACUCGCAAGGGGUGGUUUAUUGGAAGCCUACUUUGUUAUGCAACGGUAAAAAUCUUGUUUAUUUUGAUUUUGAAGAUGAAACAUUUGGAAUUAAAGAAUUACCUAUUGUUCUUGAUGACGAUUAUUUGAAAAUCGUAUUCAUCUUAAGUGGAUCAUUAGCGGUUUUUGGUAUUUCCUAUUCAGAAAUUUGUAUUUGGGUAAUAGAUAAGGAUAACAAUGUUGAAAAAGCCAAGCAACAAUGGUGUCAAAACCUUAUUAGAGAUUCAACGGUGAAACCCCUAGAAAAAGCUUAUACACAAGAUUGUGGAAUCUUAAAAGUUAACAAUGCUGGGAAGCCUAAGCAACAAUGGUGCCAAUAUCUUGUUAGAGAUUCAACUGUUAAACCACGUGAAGGAGCCUGUGCAGGAGCACGUGGAAUCUUCGCAGUAAUCGACAAACAUCAUAAUAUCGUAUAUGAUGAAAGGAAUCAUACAUUUUUAGCAUGUUAUGACGAUCAAUUGAAGUCGUAUAAUAUUGAAACUACUGAAGUUCAGCACCUGACGAAUUCUCAUAAAAUUAGCUACUUUGGUACUUAUAUGGAGAGUUUGGUGCUGCUUAACCAAGCUAAACUCAAAAGAUGAUCAACUUUAAUUUAGCCUUAUUUAAAUGUCAAAGUUGUAUGAUUUGCAACUACAAGACAUUUUAUACUUUACUUUGUUCUUUUCAUUACUUAGCUUUUCGUGUUUGGAUCUUGAAUAAAUAUACUUUUUCCUUUGAAUGUGCUAUAAUUAUUAAUUUUAAUUAUUAAUAGAUGUCGUUUUUAUGAUUGUUUUUAUAUUUCUUUAGUUAUGUUAUUAUUAGCCUUAAUUAUUAUCUUGCCAGCUAUUGCGUGUUUAUUUUGUAUUGUCAUGCUUUGCUUUCUUUGCAGUCUUUCUUGAGCUGCUUGAUUAGUUGGCUGCAUCUUCUAUUAUGAGUAUGAUUUGUCGUUUCUGGAUAGAAUCUAUCGUAGUGUUUAAGAGAGAUACAUUGGGCAUUAUGAUGAUGAUUAACUGAUAUAAAUAUUACAUUCAGCGUGAUGUGCCCAUAAAAGGAAAAUAGUGAAAAGAAUUGAGAAUUUGAAGAAAAUAAGCUUAUUUGGAAAAAAAUUCUUAAAAUAAGCGUGUUCUAGUCCAAUGCUAAGAUUUGGUUGUAUUCACUGUUGCUAACAGCGGAUGAUUACUUGAACUGAGUAAAAGAAGUCAGUUAAGUAAUCGUUCGCUCUUACUAAUAGAGGACGAUUGGGUUGACUUUUAUUGACUUUUUUAUUGUCAUUGACUUUGGAUGUUAAUGGCUUGCUAUUAGUAACGGCACGAAAUUGUUUACCCACAUACCUUAUUCUAACCUUUUGUUCGUAUAUGGCACUCUUACUAACAAUGAGAGAUUAUUUGGCUGUCUUUUGUUAACUCGGCUUAAGUAAUGGCCCAUUAUGCUUAUUUUCUUGAAUUUUUGAAAAUAACUUUAACAUGGCCCAAUACUGAAAGCCUAUUGUGUGGGUUAAC